AUGGAACAAGAUUCUUCCUCAAAAUCUUGUUCCAAUGAUGGCUGUUCCAAUAUGAAAGCUGCUUCAUGUGUUAUUCAUAUGUGUGUAUCAUGUUGUGUUCGUAAUGGAUGUGUUAAGGAUGCACAUAUUUGCACUUACUAUAAGAAGAGCAAAUUGUACUCUAAGAAUGCAAAUCUAAAUAUUGACACUCAAAAUCCUCAGAGAAAAACAGCUGUAAAAUCUAAAGCUCCACAAGGAUCGAAAAAUAUAGUACGACCUGUGUUUGGGGAGGUUCAAUUCAUAAAUGCAACAGUUGAAAGGAAUAACCAACACUACCUCCCAACAGGUACUACUUUGACAUGGGUGCCAGAAUAUGGUAAUAAUAUCAAUAAUUCGACAACAAAUCCAAUGGCCAGAAUUAAUCCUCCAUCAAAAAUUGCUCACUUCACACAAAAUCAAAGACUAGAUAAUCAACAACCAAAAGACUCUCUUACACAAACAUCAGUGUACAAUAUUGGAACACAGAAUGUCAACCCAAUAACUCGAUCAUUCUCUCAACAAGUAGAGGAUCAAUCAUCUCAACAAAUAAUUAGAAAUGGAGAAUCAGUAAUAUCGGAGAGAAUUGAUAGUUCAAGACCAUCAUCACAAUAUUCUCUAUCUAAUCCACCUUAUACCACAAUAAUGGGACAAGGAUGUAGCUCGGACAUAACACAACUAAUUGCAAUUCCAUGUCAGUCCUUUGACAAUAUUACAACCUCGAAAAGAAUUGUAAAUAAUUCAAGAUCCAACACACUCAAACAAUUCAAUACUGGAAUGACAAGACAAGGUGAGAAUUCAAUAACUCAAUUGUACUCUCAACCAACAAGAAAUCAAUUCUCAUCUCAAUUACUAUUGGGUCAAGUGUCACCAUAG